AUGCCCAGUGGCUAUGGGGGCCGCCACGCAGAGAUGUGCUUCCUGGACCAGGUUGGUUCCUGGCGGCUGGACCCAGCCAAGCACUACAGGGUCACCUGCUUCGUAUCCUGGAGCCCCUGUUUCACCUGUGCCCACCAGGUGGCCAAGUUCCUAAGCAGGAGCAGCCACGUGAGCCUGCGGGUCCUGGCUGCCCGCAUCUAUGAUCUCUUCUCUGGAUAUGAGGAGGGGCUGAGCACCCUAUGGGGGGCUGGCGCCCAAAUCGCCAUCAUGACCUCUGCAGACUUUGAGCACUGCUGGGACACCUUUGUGGACCACCAGGGAAGGCCCUUCCAGCCC